GACAACAUAUUUAACAGGGCUGAAAAUGUUUCAAAAAUGGCUAACAAAAAAGUAAAAAACUAAACGUUUUCGACAUAAUGUCAUCUUCAAGGUAAAAAAGCCGUCCGCUACUCGCAUAAAUUAUAUCCGUUAGGUAAUACCCGAUGAGAACAGUUUCGCCAUGUAACAGUGAAUUUGUUUUUUUAAACUGGGUUGCCAUUGUUGGAUCAGUAGGCCUUCUGGGAUUCUUUGCUUGUGAAAAGAUUGGGCAAUGCAGAGUAUGUGCUAGGUGACGUUCAAGUUCAGAGUCAUUGCAUGUGUUUUAAUGGUCCACAAUUCCCACCUGCAGAAGUUCCUCAUGCAUGGUCUCACCGAUUACCUGUCAUCGCAAGAACAGUAUCAUUUAUAGACCCUUUUCAUAAAUGGCUGCCAAUUAUAAGUUCUUUGGUAGAUAUUAAAACUAGCCUGACUAACCUCGUUCUUGAGUUGAUAAUUCAAAAGAAUUUUUACUCCCAAACGAGUUUAGUGAGGCUAAUUUAAAUACAUACAAAAUAAUUUUAAGUUGGUAGUCAUUUAUGAAAAGGUUCUAUAGACCAUCCGUGGAUUAUGAGUGUUUUUGUCUUUAAGGUUGAAAAGGCUUUUGGUUUGUCUAGUUUGUCGAAGGGCAAUUGCAAUUGAUUUGGAUAACGAUGUCAAAACAAUUGAAACAAUCUCUCUAAGUGCGGAAUACCAAGAUCGUUUUAAUUCCCAAAAAAGUGAACCGUAGUUUUCCGAAACCUUCAACUGAAGACGAUAAUUUGAUUCCUAGUUUCCCGUUCGAAAACCGCAACGAGAUUUUUGACCAAACUUCCUUACUGCAAUAGAAACGAACGACUUGGCAAAACUUCGCAUGUGGUCUUUAGGGGAAUUUUGUUUUGUUUUGUUUUUUGUUGUGGUGGUGGUGAUAGCUACAUCGGUGAGAACACGAGGAGACGUGACAGGCAGGUUCAGAGUCAUUACAUGUGUUUGAAUGUUCCACAAUUCGCACCUGCAUAUUCCUAAUGCAUGGUCGUACCGAUUAGCUGUCAACGAAAGAGCAGCAUCCUUUACAGACCACACGUGGUUCAUGAGUGUUUUUGUCUUUAUGGUUGAAAAGGCUUUUGAUUUGUCUAGUUUGCCAAAAGGCAAUUGUGAUUUAUUAUGACAACGAUGUCAAAACAAUUGAAACAAUCUUUCUAAAUGCGGAAUACCCAGAUCGUUUUCAUUCCCAAACAGGGAACAGUAGUUUUCUGAAACCUUCACCUAAGAACGAUAAUUUGAUUCCUAGUUUCCUUUUCGAAGAGCGUAACAAGAUUGUCACCAAACUUCCUCACUGCAACAGAAACGAACGACUUAGCAAAACUUUCACAUGUGGUCUAUAUCGGUGAGAACACGAGGAAUGUGCACGUGCGAAUUGAGGAACAGUUUCAAAUACAUGCAAUGACUCCUGCCCAUCACCUACGCGAGAACUAUUUGCAUUCGUUUAGCUGGCGCAUACUCUGCAUGGCCCAAUCUUUUCGCGAGCGAAGAAUCCUAUAGAAGGCUUAAUGAUCCAACAAUGGCAACCCAGCUCAAACAUGGCGAAACUCUUCCUAUCGGGAAUUAUCUAAAGCGUAAAAAUUAUAUGAGUAGCGGACGGCUUUUUCAUCCUGAAGAAGAAAUUUUGUCGGAAAAGUUUCGGUUUUUUAACUUUAUAGCCAUUUUUAAGACAUUUUUAGCCUUUGUCAUUAUUCUUCUUGUAAUCGUGCAUUUAAAAUACAAGCAAUAUUGGUAAGACAGUAUCCAGUUCUCGACUUUUCCGUACAUAACGCACAAGCUGAUAUCCUGUUUAAAUCCCAUUUUUUUCGUAGAUUGGUAAAACGGAGUCCACUUAUCAACUUUCACGCACAAAGCUUGCGGGUUUACGAAUGGCUGGUCAAGGUCUAAAGAUAGUUGAGGGUUUUUCCCAGUUCCCAAUAUAGCAACGUAGUUUACAUUUCAUCUAUUUACUCUUUGGAACGUAAACUGGUGAAAGUUAAACAAUGCCACACAUAAGGUAGUCAUGUACCUUACUGCAUUAGUGGCCAUAAAUUUGGUUUGAAAACAACCGUCCUUUGAAAAGCCUUAGGGUUUUGAUUAAAUCAAACAACGCAACCUCACCACGUGAAAGUACUUAUUCAAACGUGAUAUUAUCUACCUCACCUUCAAGGAUGAGCGGCUUUGUUAUCAAAGAAACGUCACUUGAAGCCAUUGAGAUUAUUAAAAUUUCCGAGUAAGGGUCAAGACGGCUAUAUGGUUAUAAAUAACUCAUUCUGCAACUGAUAAACAAAAGACAAGUCAUAUCACGUAUCGCUUUUACGAUAUAUAUUUUGCUUCGGGCGCCACGUGCUCCAACCAGAAAUGACGUUUGCUCAUGGCCAAUGAUGCCAGACCUAAGCGAAAGAGACUACUUAAGUUUGAGUGGAACCGUCACAGUGGCUUCACAACAUUUGGGCUGUAACGUUCAGAUCAGUAGUUCAGCCAUGAACUUUUCUUCAGACAUAUCAGGCGAGUUUGUUCUGACCAUUAACAGCAGCUACUCAACAGAACAUUGUACGAUAAACGAGGGACCAAGACCAGUUACCAUAACAAUACAUGCCUUUACUCUGUUGGCAUCUUUGGUGGGUAACAUUCUCCUUAUUACUGUCUUCAUGAGAAUAAGAGAAUCGAUCCUGCUUCUUAUUGCUAACAUGGCCGCUUCCGACCUUCUGGUGGCAGUGUUUCUAAUCCCUCGUCUAAUUACCAGAGAAAUCAUCGGUUCUAACGCUUUCCUAGUUCAUGGAAAUGGAGGCACGUUUCUCUGUAAGAUGUGCACUUUCCUUGCCGACAUAUCAUUGUCGGUUUCGACUCAGAGUUUAGUAUUGAUUGCCGUUGAGAGAUUCCUAGCGAUUGUGUUUCCAAUAUUGUAUAAGAAACUCACCGUGAAAAUACGUCGUGUUCUGGUCGCCUCUGCUUGGAUCAUGGCUGUAGCAUUUCACUCGCCAUAUUUUUACACGUUUCGACUGGUAGCCGCUGAUCCUAAGAAUCCUGACUAUCAAGAAUGUCAAUCUCGCUGGGAUCCGGCUUUCGAUCACAAGUCAGCACAACUUCGCUACAUCACAUUUCUAUACCUUACAGUGUUGCUUAUACCAUUGCUUGUAAUAUUAGUCUUGUACAUUGCAAUCCUAAUCAAUCUUCGAAGCGACAAAAUGGAGACUUAUAGAAGUGACAAGGGAGCGAGACAAUGGAAGGAACGCAAUAGAAAUUUUAAAAGGAUGGCUGUAGCUACUUUAACAGCGUUUUUAAUGUGCUGGGCCCUCUUUAUCGUGAUUUCGUUUAUCAAACUCUUUUCUCCGGAGGUUGUUCCUAAAUGUUAUAGAAGUUUCAUGGUAUUGGAUUACAUUUCUCGCGUAUUGGCGAGCUCCUACUGUGCAGUUAAUCCAUGCAUUUGCUUCAUAUUCGUGCGGAGUUUUUCUCGCGAAUUGAGAAAUAUGUGUAAAAGAAAACAUCAACAGCCUGUGAUAACAAGCAGAAAGUUAAGGGUACAAUCCAAUUUGAGCAGCCGCGGUACAUGUCAGACUGAGUUAAUACGGUCCUAUUCUCAAUCCUCGCAAACAAUGACGUUACUACUGAGGAUUGACAACCAUCAUUCUAAUGUCUCCACGCCUUCCUUUGCGGCAAACAGGGCAGAUUCUUCUGUCUCCACACCUUCCCUUGCGGCAAACAGGACUUCCCAUUGUACCUGAAGAAGACUGGUUUGGCCAGCCGAAAUAUAGUACACUUUCAAAAAAGAUCAUCCUACGUUGUGUCGGUUUCUUCUUUUCUAAUCUACUUUUAAAACUGAUGACUCAGCAGCGUAAAAGGAAUCACACUAUUUAUACUAUUAGGGCCUGGGACUUUCAAUCGACACCAGCUCUAAAAGCAAUUUACCACUAUGUAGCUGGAAUUGUAGAAACUCGUCAGAUCGAUAAAUGUCUUGGAGAACAAAACUUAUUCGACACCUUUUUAAAACCCACAUGUAUGCUUUCAUAUCUUAUUCCUGUCUUUAAUGGUACAGAUAAAUUGCAGAUAAAUGUUGCAAAGCUCGUUUCAACCACUAUUCCACUCAGUUUACAUUUGAUGCAGCAUAAUAUCGUAAUCGCCUCCAACUUAAGGCUACUUCAGUUUUUACAUGUAAUAAACGAGUAGAAGGUAAAGUAAAGGCAAACCUUAUUUGUUGAAUCAUGGCUAGAACGUGGCUAGAACGUCUCAAUAGGGUUUGAACCUGUAACUGUCAGCUGAGAUCUGACGAGUUUUUUAAUCGAGAUAGCUGGAAUGUCUGAGAUCUUUAAAUUUACUGAUAGGUAAAAAAAAAUUAGCCGAAGUUUUAACUCAUGGCCGCGCACGUGGGAAGUUUGGAAAGCACGAAAAAAAAAAAGCCUAAGAAUUGAUUGCGGUGCAGCCGAGAGUAACUCUCUAAGUCCAAAGUGCAUCACAACUCGAGGAGGGUGGCAAAGGAUUUUCGCUUGACGCGUAAUGACCCCAACAUUAGCCGCGUGAUGUGUGAUAGAGCCCAAAUUGGCCGCGUGACGCACAGCGUGAUGGGUGAUUUGCUAUUUUACACGCGCGUGACGCGUGAUUUACUGAGUAGAUUUCCGUGAGUGAACGUUCUUUGACCUUUAAGGAUAACAUUCAUUCAAAGUAAAUAAACUCUUAUAAAGAUGCAUAAACCGUGACGGCCAUGAAACCGUUUUGCGGUCUUUCCGUCCUUUCCUUGACCUUUGAUGUCUUUGAACUUCGUGGUAGGUCCAAAAAAUCGUCACACAAUAGGCAUAAGUUUUGAUAUAGACAAUAAAAUUAUGUAGUUAAAACUUACACAAGGCCAGGAUUCGGAGACCUAAGAUCUUCAGUGUCAUUUUUGUCGAGCGCCUGGCUGUGGUUUUGCGUCGAACAAGUCGGACUAGAACUCCUAAAUUAAAGACUCGUUGAUAUACAACA